GAACGCGAACCAUUGUGUUUCCACGGGUCGUACGUCGUCCGUGCGCGAUACCUCUCAUCCGAUCCCGAAAGAUAGACUCGCCUUGCGCUCUGUAUUCGUCGAUCGUCCGAUUCGUCUCGUCGUAGUUUCGAUCGCGACAGGGCGGCGUCGCCUUCGCAUCGUUUCCGUCAUGCGAGUGAGUGAGUGAGUAAGCGAGCGAGCGAGCGAGCGAGCGGGCAAGUGAAAGAGAAAGAGAGAGGGAAAAAGAGAGAGGAGCUCCAGCGCUAGGCCAGACCCGAUGUGGAGAAUUACGCACGGAUGAAAUUACGCGAGAACGCGACAAGGUUCGACGUGUUCUGUCUGUGGCACGGCGAGACGUCUCGCGGCGAGAUCCGCUCGCGUCUCGGACGUUCCGCUGUUCCGCACAAAUCGUAGCAGAUCGAUUGAUAUCGGGUGCGUGUCGUGAUUGCGUGAGUGCGUGCGUGCGUGCGUGCGUGCGUGCGUGCGUGCGUGGGUUCCUUCCGGAUCGCCGUUCGCAGAAUUUCGCUGGUCUUCGGGAUCCGCCGGGUGCACGCACCGCGAAUGUGCCGACGAGUCGCGUCGACACUCGACGCUGCUGAUCCGGACUUGAGGAUCUCCCGACGAAAAUAAAGAGAGACGCCGCGAGGGAGUGAGGGAUAUCUUCAUUGAAGAAACAUGCCGAGCACAGUGUCGUCACGGCUGAUUGCGCCGAGCACUGGGUCCCGAAAGGUCACACCGCGAUCCUCGUGACCGAAGGAUCAGAGCGGCGUUUAGUGAUCAGCGCGACGCGGUGAGCGCGGGGAGCCGUGCGGUUAGGUCGCCUACCGUUCUCGCGGUGCGCGAGUUUUCCAGCGUUCUCUCGCUGCGUCAUCUCGGAAUUGAUAUCUUUCGGUACAGCUGUUGGAAUCUGUCUCGGAGGAAGACACAUCCGUCUCGGCUAUGGUUGUAGCUAGCAGCAGCGGGUGGGUACAAAAUGCCAGUUCGCCCGGCGGGCAGAACAACAACAACAACAACAAUAGCAACGUGAACCAAAACAAGGCGCAGAAAAAGAUGACCGCUAAGGGUAUCCUGAUCUGCCGGGACAAUUCCCACCCGUUCCAGGAGCGUACGUUGACUCUCGAGCAGCCGGUGAAGAUCGGCCGUUCGGUGGCCAGGGCGAGAGCUGCGCCGAACAACGCGAUCUUCGACUGCAAGGUGUUGUCAAGGAAUCACGCGUUACUGUGGUACUCCUCGGGUAAGUUUUACCUGCAGGACACGUGCAGCAGCAACGGCACGUUCGUCAACAAUCAGAGACUCAGUGCCUCGGGCUUGGAGUCGAUGCCCAAGGAGGUGUGCUCUGGCGAUAUAGUGCAAUUCGGUGUGGACGUUGUAGAAAGUACAAAGAAAGUUACCCACGGAUGUAUAGUUGCAACGUUGAAAUUGUACUUGCCGGACAGCAAGGAAGCUAAGGCCAGCUUGAGCACCUCUGUCAGCUCGCCUGCCAGCAACGUGUCCUUGGAGGAUCUCUAUAAGCUCAACCAUCUGAUGCAAGAGGCCUCCAGACGUGAGAAAGCCCUGCAGUCAAAGCUGGGCUACCUGCAGCAACUCGUGGAGAACACGCGGAAGGCCGCCAACCAGUCCUGGAAAGCAUUGAUCACGGAGGACCGUCUGCUGUCGUGGGUAGUCACUGUCGAGAGCCAGCUCGCGGUCUACUCUAAGAACUACACUGACGACAAAAUCAGAAACGAGCUGGUCAAGCUGCAGGAUGAGAAGGCGCAGUAUCAGAACGCCGCGAAGGAAGCGCUACAGAAGAUUUUGCAGGAGAAGCUGGAGGUCACACAGAGACUUGUGCAGCUGGAGGGUCGUCUGAGUGAGACUGAGGAGGAAUGCCAGAGCCUGCACAAUGUGGCCAAAUAUACGCAGACGGAACUGCAGGAGCUCAGCGCCAAGUACUCGGAGACGCAGAAGAAGCUCCAAGAAACCAUCGACAAGCUUGUGGAGAGCGAGGAAAAGGUGAGGGACGUGUUGCUCGGUGCGGAGCAGGAGAAGCGCGACCUGGCUAAGCGUCUAGAGGACCAGUCGAGAAUCGAGAAGAAUCUGCGAGCGAGAUUGCGUGACUCUCGUCUGGAUUCUGUCAACAUCUACAAGCAGAUCACCGCCCUGAGGAAUUACGCGCAGACCUUGCAGGAUAUGAAGCUGGAGGUGGGCGAGAAUCUCGACUCGAAGGGCGUGGAGGAUCCUAUACAGGCUAUCAACACCAUUCUCAACAAGCUCAACUCCAUUCACAUGGACAACAUCGAGAUGGAUAUCGACAUCAGCUGCUAUACCAAGGGCGAGCCGGACAAUCAGAGCUCAUCCGACGUGGACUCGAAUCAGCUCAAGUCUGCCAACUCCGACCUGUCUUUCAGCAAAGACCGACUGGACGAUCUGCAGACCGCCGACAACCUCACGGAGUACAUCCUGCCGCCAGCACCGUUAUCGUCGUCCAGGAGAACCCUGGUCAACGGCAACGCCGACCUGGACAACGCGGAUUCAGGCGCGGACUCCGAUACAAACUCGGAGGCGACCGACGACACGUGCAGCAUCGACACGAGCGAUGAAAUGAGCGAGAAGACCGUCGCAGAGCACAAGGAGGAACUCUUGUCCAAGCAGACACUUGCAUCCUGUAAGAUGGAGGUGCGAUUCGCCAAUACCGAAGGUGUUCAACACGCGGAGUUCCAUUACGAGCCGAUCGAACAGAUCGCCUACAUCACGGAGAUCUCGCGCGAAACAGCUGCCGAUGUCGGGGACACGUCGUCGAGCAGCGUCACGCUCGUCGACGGGGCUGCGGAAGAGCGGGAUCGUUCGACCGAGGAAGCGGCGACAGGCGACGUCACCUCGGACUCAUCGGAGAACGAAUGCGAGGAGCGCUUGGAAGGCGACUACGUGAAAACUCUGAAGCCCGCUACGAAGAACGACGCGAUGCAGCAGGGUUAUCACAGCAGGGAGUACAUUCUGCAGACGUUGAUCGGCUCGUUGGACAGUCUCACGAGCGAGGACAGCCUAGAGGCGCAGCAGGUUGUCAAGCGUGAGCUGGACGAAUUGAAGGACUGGCUGACGCGUGAGUCCAGCGACGUCGUGUCCGACAAGCUGCGGGAGCUGUACUACCUCUCUAAGAACGACUCGCAACGUAUGCUGGAGAUCAACGAGGAGUUGGUCAUAGUGAAAGAAAAGUACAAUACGAUCAUCGAGGAGAAAGCGGAGCUGUCGAGGAAAUACGGUGCGCUGCGGGCGCAGUGCGGCGAUCUGCUGAGCGCGACCUACAACGUGCCGAUACACUAUGUCGCCCCUAUCGCGAUUAUGUUGGUGUGGAUGUUGCUGGAGAAGAUAUUCUAAUGUCCCUUCUCUCCUCCGCGUCCCCCACCACCCCCUGAUGUUUCCUCUUUCUGGUAUAUAUGUACAUAUAACACGCACCGUCGAUCGAUAUUGCUCUUUUCUGCCCUUUCUUCAUAUCUCUUCCGUUUUCCUUCAUCUUUCUUUUAUCUUCCCGUUUUUCGUCUCUUUUUGUGUUUUCUUUUCCUUCGUUUCCCUCUUUUUUUUCUUAACAAUGUUAAGGAUGCAACGGCAAAAUUUCUUAAACUAACUGACCAGUUUCGUCGAUCGAGUGUGCGAUUAGAUUCCCAGCACAGGAACGCUUAAGCAUCUCGAUAUGCGAUCUAACGUUUUUUACACGAACAAAUGCUAAGGAUUGUAUAUACUUGUUUAAUUUCCCCGUCCGACAGUUGCGGGCGGGUUUCUAAGCGGGGUUUGGGGGGAGGGGGGGACUGAUUUCUCGUGAUUAAUUGGAAGUUGUCAAGUGAGCGAGUGUUGCGUUACCACAAAGAAGGAGCCAAGAUCAAAGGACAGGGCAGGAAUGUUUAUACUGGAUGUAUGUGUACAUAUGCGAUGCAGGUAUACAUAUAUGAUUAAAUGUGUAUACAUAUGUAUAUGGCUACAUGCAUAUGCAUACACAUGCAUACGUAUAUGUACAAACUUUCGAACAAGAACGGCUUAGAACGCUCUAGGGAACAGAGAGUGGCUGGGUGACAAGAAAGGAAAAGAAAGAACGUAGAGGUGUGAUACCACGUGAAAUGUUCAACAUGCUGCCAAGCCGCCGAGCGUCAUAUCUCGUAAAUACGGCUUCAAGUCCGAUUUGUAAUAUUAAUGUGUUUUAUUGUACGUGUUUCAUUGUUGGUUUGUUUAAAUGUUACGUUUCUAGCACGGCGUAUUUGAGAAAUUAAAUAUUAUCCUUUGCGACUCGCUCUCUUAGAGGGACAGACGAGAGGGAAAGAGAGAUAUCACCGCCAUUCUCUCGACUGCUCGCAGAUACUUUUUCUUCACUCCUUAUUCUUGUAUAUAAAUAAUGGUAAGAAGUAAACUCGGCGUUCGCGCGCGCGUGUAAACGAUUACAUACUCAAAUCAUGUGUACCACUCGUUAGGUAACACGCUUCGUUUAAGACUUUAGUUGGGAGUUAGUUACGACGUUAUAGAAAAUGUAACUUUUGCAAUGAGAGAAGAGGAGAGAAUAAAAGAGAGAAAAAGAGAUAUAUAAAUAUAUACAUAUAUAUAUAUAUAUAUAGAAUCGUCGCGCUCAUGCGUGUCACGUGCAUGCGUAUUACAUAUGUUACAGCGUUGCUCUCGACUUCUCUAACCAUAAGCCCAUUAAACCUCAAACAAACAUUCUCGCGAAACACAUCGUGCGUACGCGAUGGAUCUUCACAUGUCCGAUCACGUUGCACAAUGAUACUUUACGUCGUCCGACUUCAAUUCUUCUUAUCGUAUCGUAUGGGGUAGCAUGACAAUAUAAGAGCAUAUCUCGUUUUUGAGCGACCUAAUAAAUGAUAAGCGAGUACAUACAUACACAUAUACACACACGCACACUCUCACUCACUUCUUGGAUAACUUCUCAUAUACUCACUUCUCGGAUAACGCGAAUUCUUCCCUCAGCACUCGGUAACCGUUCUCUAUCGAUCCUAUCUUGGAAUGGCCUUGAACGUCACCUGCGUCUAAAGCGAAGAAUAGAAAAAAAAAAGAAAAUCCGAUAAUCGUAGUUUUCUAUUAAUUCUUUUGAUACGAACGAACGUGAGCGAAAACGAAAAAAAAGGAAGAAAAAAAUUCGACAGUAUUUUCUUAAUUCGUUAGUUUAGUUAGAGAGAAAGAGAGAGUGCCAUCGCCCACAGUGCGCGUCUACUUCUGAACCGCGUCGAAUAACGAAUCAUUGUGUAUCGAUGAACAAAGGUAUACGUGAUACUUUCCAAAAGGGCACGCUCCGCGGGCCCAGAGCAACGGGGGACACGUCCAUCAUCGAACGUCGUCGCGCUCAGUCGCUCCUUGGGUGCUGCUUGCCUUCUUGGCAGGUUAAACGUAUAAUAUCAAAAACAAUUACAAGAUACGAUAUAAAUAAAUGCUCUGUACAUAGUACUGUUGAUAUAAUCUUACUACUGAUGUAAUAGUCAUUAUAUAAAAAGGGAAAAUAAAAAUUAACUUAAUUCAUUAAAGUCA